UUUGAUACAUUGAUUUUAUUCCGCAUUUUUAAGAAUAAGAAGUGAGAAGUUUUAGUUAUACAGAAACGGUUUUUAUAAAUUAAUGGCGGAUUGUUCGUGUACGACGGAAGAAGUUGAGCCGGAUAGAUUGCUGACACCUGACUGCAUCUGCCCAAAAGAUGACCACGACAUUGUCAUACACGAGGACACCUGCCUCCUUUACAAGAAUGAGACUAUGAUCUAUCCGAGAGAGGAUGUAUGCGAUUGCGCAAUUCCUGGGGAGGAAGACGGUGUUUGCAAAUGUUGCGCGUGCCCCUUCGACCAGUGCAAGUGUAACAGAGCUGGCCGGGAAGCUUUUGAUGAAUGGCGCAGUAAGAGGGACAUUGGCGCCUUGCCGGCUGUUCUGGACUCCACUCAUCCACUGAUGAAGCGCUUCCAGGAUACACUUACACGGUUUUUGGAGAAAGAGAACGAAAUAGCUGAGAAUGAAAUUGUUAAAUUGCGUGACGAACUCAAACUUAGCAAGCAGCAAUAUGAAAAGGAUCUUGAAAUGAUUUAUCGUCAUGACCACGACACUAAUGCUCAAAGAGUCAUGAUAGAGGAGUAUGAAGCGUCUUUGGCGAAGAGGACCGAGGAGCGUCAGCAAGCGCAAUUGCGAGCGAAGGAAUCAAAUGAGAAAUAUAAGAGGGCGAAGGAGACGUUGGAUCAAAAUAUAAUAACUGAACGAGAAGCAUCUGAAGAGUUAGAAGCUUUGACUACGCUCUGUCGUCAACUGGAGGCGUGGCGCGAGGAGACGGAGUCCGACCUGACCGUCAACCAACGCAUGUCGGACAAGAUGCGAAUCGAAAAGAAAGCGUUGGCCGAUGACAAAAGGCAGCUGGACACAAUCAUCUACGGUCUCAGUAAUGAGGUGUGGAAGCUCGAGUCCAAACUGGAAAUGUUUCAAAAGCAAUUGGAAAUUAAAAAUGUUGAAAUGGAAAAAGUUAAUGACAAGGUGACGGCAUAUGGUGCUGAACUAGAAGAUUUGGAGUUGGAAAAAAAGCGCCUCGUCAGUCUCUGGAACUCCGUGCUAGUGAAUAUUCAGCAACGGGACAGGGGAUAUAAUGCCGUACGAGAUGACUACAGAUCACUACAAGAAAACUACCACACUCUACUGAACAACUUGGAGAUAACGAAAAAAAUGGUGAUGGAUGAAAUGAACAAGGGAAAAGAAAUUGCCAUGAACAAGGAAAAAUUGAUGUACGACCUCAAUAGCGCUAACAAGCUGUUUGAAUCCGAGGACGCAAAACGCAUUGCUCUUGAGUCACAAAUAAAUGAACUGUCCGAGGCGAUAGAAAUGACCGAACGAGACGAAGAACUUAUAAAGUCGGAAAACCAAACAAUGAGUAACAUUUUGAAAUCCACUGAGAAUGAGCUUGCACGCCGGACGGAGCAGAAAUUAAAAUUGGAGAAUGACAUUCUGACAAAUAUUCAAGAGUGCCUGCUUAAUGAUAAAGCUGUCGAGUCUAUGGCUAACGGUAUCAAGAAAAUGAGGGAGAUGUCUAGGAAACAGGAAAUAUCUCUGAUGUCAAUGGAGAAUCAGCACGCGAACGUGAUGCUGGACAUAGAAGUGCACCGUAACAGACAAGCAAGGAACAACGCUAUACUGGAAGAGAAUCUAGCUAAAGUGAAAGCGAGGGAGAAGGAGAUCGAAGCUCUUCAGGAGGAGUACGAUCAUAAGAUGCUGGUCGUCAUGAGGAAGCAGCGGGAGGCGGAUAUCAUUAUUAAAAAGUUCACUGCACUCAAGGAGAUGUUUGACUUAAAGUCCCCGCAAGAGCGACACAUUGAGGAAUUGGAGCAGCAGAUCAAGGCUCUGCGGGAGCGCACGGAGAACAUGCAGUCAGAGUGGUUACGGCUUCAGGGUCACGUGGUAAAGCUGACCGCUCAGCAUCACAAGAUCGUCGCUGACAUUAAUCUUAUAAAUAAACAAAUACAGAUCUGCGAGCAAAAAACCAUGCGUAUACAAACGGAAACCGAGCGUGUGGGCCAAGAGCGGGCGCGUGUGGACCGCAACCUGCGAGACUUGCGUGGCCGCCUCGAGGUACUGGAGAGAACGCGCAAGGAGGCCUCCGAGCGGAACCAGGUUGCGCAGAGAGCCAACCUCGCCGUCACACACGAGUAUACCGCUAAUCUGAAGGAUGCUGAAAGCGACUUAAUUCAGAUUGAAGAAGACAUUGAAGCAUUCGAAAAAGAAAAGAUGAAUCUUACGCAGGAAUUAGAAAAAGGCCAACGAGAAGCGCUCAUUUGGCAAAGGAAAGGCAUAUUAGCGGUGGAUCUGAAGAGGAAUAUACAAAAUGCAAAGUCUGCAGCCGGUGAAAUCGGUCAGAUGCGAGCCGAAAUUCAUAGGAUGGAAGUACGUCGCGAACAACUACGCAAAACUGGUGAGAAAUUAGCAGACGAUCUGGCUCUGUACGUGACGCGCAGGGAGACAGCUAUGGAGAAGAACAGGGCUGCGGUCGCCGUGGAGAAGGCGCACGGCUCGCAAACAACCGCACAGUCCACGUACCAUCAUAAACUGAGAUUGGCCAAGGCUGAUGUUGCCAGAGUUACUAAGGAUUUAACUGAAGCCAAACUCCACAUGGAGCAGUUACAGAAAGAGCAGGAAAGACUGGACCACGAAGUAGCAACCACGGGUGCAGCUAACUCGCAGUUAGAAGAAAAUGUGGCGACCUUACUGCGAGAGUAUCGAGAAGCAGAGAAGCAAAAGAAAUGGCUUCUUGAACGCGUGGUUCGCAGCCAGCGUGUCGGCACUGAAUUGGCAACGGCGAUCAAGCGGCAAUCUGUACGAGUAAAGAAGUCAAAAGCAACCGUCCUUGCGGAGUACAACCAGGCCCUAGCACUCAACGAACGUCUUAACUACGUCGUGCAAAAGUUGGUGAACGAAUACCCGCAUCUCAGUGACAAAUUGGAAACGAUAACGAACACUUUGAAUAUACAUUCCCCAACUGGAUCACCUAGACUCUACGAAGAUGAUUGUUUGUGUGAAGAACCAAAGAAGAGAUGUGGAUGUAUUGGAGAAUGUUCGUGUCUUCCAGAUGAUAUUCCGGAGAAACUAGAAAUCGACCAAAGUGAGCCACCUCCCGAGGACUGAUUUACAAAGCCAAAAACCCCAAAUAAAAAAAAUACAAAAGGCCAAAGCUACUGUGAAACGUAUUGAGUAAUCUAGGGAUCAACAAAAUCCUACACAACCUGUAUUACGAUACUAAUUUAAAUAUAUAUACAAACAUAGUUUGGUUACCUUUAUGUUCAUUAAUCUGAUCAUGAUUUUUUUCUCCUAUCCGGGGAAUCG